AUGCUGCGUAUAUCAAAUGAAAAAAAUAAAUAUGUGUAUUUAGAUCAAAAGCAAAUAAUCACUUCCGAUGAUAUUGCAAAACUAAAAGCUGAGGGAUUAUCAACUGAAAAUUUGGUAUCAAAACUUGUCAAUGGCAAUUCUUCUUUCAAAGAUCGUUCACAAUUUUCAAAAGAAAAAUAUGUCCGUAAAAUGACUAAAAAACAUUCGGGAAAAGUAAUGAUUUCUCGUCCAAACAUUCGUCUUCUUUGUCAAUCUUAUUUUUAUAAAGAUCCAGAACGAUUAUCACAUUUGAGAUUGGAUCAAUUGUCCCUUCUUGUUCAAUUUUUAAAUAUACAUUCGUGUGGAUGUAAUAUAUUUGUGUAUGAAAAUACAUUGGGUCUGUUGGGCGCUGCAGUAAUGGAAAGACUAGAUAAUCAAGGCAAUUGUAUUUUUCUACAUCGUGGGGAUUGGCCCCAAUCAAUUCCCUGUAUUGAUUCAAUGAAUAAUCGUAAUCAAAACAAUUUUCUUCCUUUGCGAAUAACUACACUUUUACAACCAGAUCUUCUUAAAGACGAGGAAGAAGCUGAUCAACAAAAAAUUCAACGACGUAAAAAUUUAACUUCUCAAGAAGAAAUGCAAAAUAACUCAACAAUUAAUUGUGAUGAGGAAGAAGAUACUUCUUUACAAAAUAUGCUUGAAAGGAGAGUUAAACGACGGGAAAAAGAGAAACGAGCAUUGGAUUUGUUAUCUAAAAAUUCAAUUAAUGGAGAUGAAUUAUUAAAUGAAGGAGAAUUAGAUGGGAUUUUACUUGCGGGAAGAACAUUCGACCCAGUGGAUGUUCUAAAACAGGUAAUUGAUGGGUUGCGGCUUUCUGGCUCUGUAGUUGUUUAUUCCCCCAUUAAACAGCACAUUUUGAAAGUUUGGAGUUUUCUCCGUUCAACAAAUUCUUUUAUUGAUAUGCAAAUACAAGAACAAUUUUGCCGAACACAUCAAAUAUUGCCUAAUCAGACUCAUCCACUAAUGCAACAAACGGUAAUUUAA